UUUUGAUUUGGACCUUUACCUACAAAACUAACAAGCAAAAAAAUUGAGUUGUCCAGCACCCUCCGUUUAGUGUGGAGGGUGGAGUGAGGGAGAAGAAGAAGAGACUGGCUGGUAAACAAGUAGUCAAAUUAGUAAAAUCAUCCCAUUCAAAGGAGAAGAAGCAGGAGGAGGUGCAAAAUUACCCCCAUCCACUCUUGUUGUGCUUGAGCUUUAAUCCAUUCUUUAAUUCUUUACGCUGAAGCAUAUUCCAGUUUUCUUCUUUUCUUCUUUUUUUUUCGCCCCUUUUGUUCGUCAGUUUCCUGCGACUGCCCACAACCGAUCUUCCAUCUCUCCAACAUUUUUCUUUCAGCUACUUACUGAGGCUUCUGCAGUGAUCUAAGUGUAGCCCUGGUACUUUUGGUGCUCGAUCUUUAAUUGAAAGUGGAGAGUUACAGAGAAGACGGAGCAGUUUGAAUAUUGGAUCAGAGAGUUGAUUUCUUUUAACAUAUGGAUCAAAAACUUUUAGAAGAUGCCAAGCAGCAUCAGAAUGGAGACUAUGCCCUUACUGGCGACAUAGAACAUGCCCAGCUGGGAAUGUUUGAUAAACCCCUUCCUUGUUUUGGUUGUGGAGUAGGAUGGUUUUCUCUUCUGCUUGGGUUUUUCUGCCCCUUGUUCUGGUACUAUGCUACUAUUCUUUACUUUGGGAAUUACUACCACAAGGAUCCCAGAGAACGAGCUGGGCUCGCUGCUAAUGCAAUAGCUUCCCUAGGCUCUCAGGCUUUAUCAGUUUCAGCAGACAAUGGCAUGAGAUGGAUACCUGUGAUUAAACAGCAUCCUACUAUGGGGGCUUUUCCAAGUUUUGCUUGAUCCUGGUCAUCCUCUCAGUUUGUCAUGUAGUAUACAACUCAUGUAUCAUAGGGCCCCUGAAGUUCAGUACAAUUGGGUCCAACGCCUCCCUAAAAAAGAAAAAAAAAGGAAAAAAAAAGGGUUUUCAAGUAGGUUUCUACACUUUAGAGGGUGGAAAAAGCAAUAGUUUGAUGUCAUAACAAAUUAGAUUACUUUCAGCUAAAGUCAUUGGAAGCUAGCAAUAUUUGGCGUAUUCUUCGAGUUCAAUUGCACCUGAUGCAGCCUUAACAACAUGUACAGUUUUUUAGUAUGAUUAUGUAUGAAUGAAGAAGCUUGCUGGGAAAUGUAUGAUUAUCUUAGCCAUAUGCUAUGUAGCCCAUUAGAGGUUCUUUGCUU